AAGGCCUAUCUGAGGAAGUAUUCCUACAUGAAUGAAGAGGACGUCUCUUCAGAUGAAAGGUUGGCGAGUUUCAAAUCAUCUUCAUCGGCGUCAUCACCCUUUGAAAAGAAGUUCACAGCGGCCAUCAAAAACCUCCAAAACAUGGCUGGGCUGCCCGUGACUGGUAUCGUGGACGAGGCGACGAAGAAGAUGAUGGCCACGCCCCGCUGUGGCGUGCCGGAUAGAAUCCAGAGCAAGAGGAAGAAGAGAUACAUCAGGCAAGGCAGCUCCUGGCGUAAAAAUGUGGUCUCCUACAAUCUCACAAAAUAUUCGAAGACGUCUGCUUUGAGUCAGACAAUGGUCAACAACAUAAUCUCUAAAGCGUUUAAGAUCUGGCAGGAUGAGAUCGACAUUACAUUCGAGGCCAGCGGUCUGAAUCCGGAUAUAAAAAUAAGCUUCGAAAAGAGACGACAUUUGAGAUGCUCAGACGCAUUUGACGGGCCGGAUGGAACCCUGGCCCACGCUUACUUCCCAGAGUUCGGAGGGGACCUUCACUUUGAUGACGAAGAAUGGUGGACGGAUGGAGUGAGUCAUGGAAAGAAUCUCCUACAAGUUGCAGUACACGAACUUGGUCAUUCGUUGGGUCUGGAGCAUUCCAACCAUAGAGGAGCCAUAAUGUUCCCUUACUACCAGGAAUACGAUCCUAAAUUCAAACUACAUGAAGAUGAUGUCAAAGGCAUACGAGCAGUAUAUGGGGAACCGAGCAAGAAACGCACGAACGCUCCUCAGCAGCCAACCACCACCACCACUACAAAAACAGCCAGGUUUCCUUGGAGACAACCAACAACCACAACAGCAGCAACAACAACAAAAUCAAAUGAUCAUUGCCAAUAUGAUAGAAUUGAUGCAGUUACUAGUAUUGAUUCCGUCAUUGUUGUUUUUAAAGGAAAUAAAGUUCACCUGAUGACGCGACAAGUUGUUGCUCCGAAGGUGAGAGUGGAGACUUACGAGGUGAGGGAGAUCUUCCCGCUGUACACAGGCGGCACGGUGAAGGCUGCCUACACCACGAACGAGCAGUUCGGUCCAACGGCUGGCAUCCACUUGUUCAUUUUUGAGGGCAUUUCAAAGUGGCAGUACACGCUCGACAUACAGAAAAAAAAAUUUUAUUUUUCGAAGAAAUUUUUACUGACUAGUAGCGAGUUUUUAAUGCUGGAUGGAGCAUUCGUGUCGUCGAAGAAUAAUCGGCUCUACCUAUUUCUUGGUUCCGAUUAUUACCGAAUCUCGCCCAGCAGCACCGGUCAGAUUGAAAAAAAUUACCCGAAGAUAAUCGGCAAGUAUUGGCCGGGUGUGCCGAAUAAUAUCGAUGCGGUUUUUAGUUACACUCCCAAUUCUGUUCUCUUCGAAAAAGCAACUUACUUCUUCAAAGGAAAGAUGGUUUACUUGUUUGAUUUUACGUUGGAUAAGGUGUCGCAAACGAUGACUUUGAACCAUUUCAUGGGCUGCUCGGGGAGUACUCAGCGCUCAGGAAGAAUGGUCCUGUAUAAUUCUAACUAUGCUGCCCAACCGAAACUAAAUUUAUUCUUGGUAACUUUGCUUACUUUUCAUCUCCCGGUCCAAAAGUUUCUAUCAAUUUUAUAUUUUUGAACCUUUUAUUUAACAAAUUUAAUAUUAGUUUUCAAUUGAAUUAAUUAAACACAGUUUAUUCAAUGACCUGUAAACGCUAUAACUUAUUACUUAACUUAUAGUUAGGAAAUAUGUUAUGACGAUAUGUCAAAUGGCAAUAGAAAUGAUAUAUAAUGUUUGAAAAUAAUUUUAGAAUAAAAAUUUGAAAGCUAAACAAACC